AUGCCAGGUGACACCAACGCGAGCGGCUACGUGCUGGCCAUUGCUGGCAUCGUAGACGCACUCAUCGCAGCCUACGAGGAUCAAGAGCCUGUCAACAUGACGCGCUUAAAGAACGACGUGGCUAAGCAGUUCCGCCUCCCGUCGAUGCCCAAACUUGUGGACAUUAUCUCUGCCGUGCCAGAGGACUACAAGGAGAAACUCCUGCCGUUUCUCAAGGCUAAACCCGUGCGCACCGCGUCUGGUAUUGCUGUCGUUGCCGUAAUGUGCAAGCCCCAUCGAUGCCCACACAUUGCAAUGACCGGUAAUAUCUGUGUCUACUGUCCGGGGGGGCCCGACUCGGACUUUGAGUACUCUACGCAGUCUUACACAGGCUACGAGCCCACCAGCAUGCGAGCUAUCCGUGCUCGCUACGAUCCCGCUCUGCAAACGCGACACCGUGUGGCCCAACUGAAGAGGCUGGGCCACUCGGUAGAUAAAGUGGAGUUUAUCGUCAUGGGAGGCACCUUCUUGUCGCUGGACUCUCGGUACCGGGAUUAUUUCAUCCGGAGCUUGCACGAUGCUCUGUCUGGACACUCGUCAACGAGUGUGGACGAAGCGGUGAGGUACUCGGAGCAGAGUUCGACCAAGUGCACAGCGAUUACGAUCGAGACGAGGCCCGACUAUUGUCUCAAGCCGCACCUGCACGACAUGCUGCGUUACGGCUGUACACGCAUUGAGAUUGGGGUCCAGAGCGUGUACGAAGACGUGGCGCGCGAUACGAACCGUGGUCAUACCGUGGCUGCCGUCUCGCAUUGUUUCCAGCUGGCCAAGGACUGCGGAUUUAAGAUCGUAGCUCACUUGAUGCCGGAUCUGCCGAAUAUGGGCAUGGAGCGCGACCUUGCAGGGUUCCGAGAGUUCUUUGAGAAUCCGCGCUUCCGUAGUGAUGGUAUCAAGUUGUAUCCGACACUUGUGAUUCGUGGAACGGGACUGUACGAGCUGUGGAAGACUGGGACAUACAAGAACUACUCGCCUGAAGACCUGGUGGACCUGAUGGCCCGAUUGCUCGCUCUGGUGCCGCCAUGGACUCGCGUGUACCGUGUCCAACGAGACAUUCCCAUGCCGCUCGUGACGUCAGGUGUUGAGCAUGGCAAUUUGAGAGAACUGGCCUUAGCACGAAUGCGAGACCUUGGACUUGUUUGCAACGAUGUGCGUACCCGCGAGGUUGGCAUCAAGGGCAUCCAUGACCAAAGUGUACCGGACCAAGUGGAGCUUGUGCGUCGUGACUAUGUGGCCAAUGGUGGUUGGGAAACGUUCCUCUCGUACGAAGAUCCUCAGCAGAACAUUCUCAUCGGCUUACUGCGUCUUCGUCAGGCGAGUGUGGCGUCGUUCCGUGAUGAAAUUACUCCGGGGUGCUCCAUCGUACGUGAGCUGCAUGUGUACGGGUCGUCGGUUCCUCUUCACGCGCGUGACCCGACCAAAUUUCAACAUCAAGGCUUCGGUACGUUGCUAAUGGAAGAAGCAGAACGCAUCGCAUACGAAGAGCAUGGGUCGCACAAACUCGUGGUUAUCGCUGGCGUCGGCACUCGCAACUACUACCGCAAACUGGGCUAUGAGAUCGAUGGACCUUACAUGUCCAAAUAUUUAUGA